AGGCUCCCUAAAGCACGGGUCGGAGCCGGGCGCGGAGGACACAUCUGCGGAAGGUGGAGGCGCAUUCCUAGACGGGCAAGGCCACCCGUUGUGAAGGGCCAGGUGCAGAACCCUCCAUCAGCCGCGGGCGGAGAAGGCUUAGCUCUGCCCUCCGGGAGGGGCUGGGCCUCGCACCCCACCCCGCCCGCAGCCGCAGGGAGCCCCGGGCGCCCCACUCGGCCCGGAGCCCUGCGGUAUCUGUGAGCGCACGGUCAGCUCUGCGCCCCUGGGAUCGAGUCGGGGAGGAGCUGCGGCCUCGAUGCACUAGGUCCCUGCCCCCACCGUCCGCCGCCACCAGGCGACAGAGCGACGAGGGACCGCCCCCUGCCCCGCACCGCACUUUAAAGGCCAGCCCCGCGGCAUUGGCGAGAGGCGCGGAGACCGGCGAGACGGAGGCCCGGGCCGGCGCCCCGACGGCCGGCCGGAGCAGCCCCAUGGCGGAGCACGUGGCCCUAGUGAUUGGAGGCAUUAUUGGGGGGCUGCUGCUGCUGCUGCUGUUGAUCGGGGUGAGCUGCUGGCUCUGGAAGAGACUUUGUGCCACGUCCACCUACGAGGAGCUGCCAGGGACCACAGCUGCCUCCAGCGUACAGGGGGACAAGCUCUGCCCGCCGCAUGCCAGGACCCAGACAAGCAGGCCACCUGGUAUGCCAUUCGUGGUUCCCCCUUCCGUCCAAGGCCGAGACUGGGUGCCCUUGCACCGCAGAGAGUGGGCUCAGGCCCCACGGGACCUCUGCCCAGCCCCGGAGCUCCUGCCCCACACCACCGGCAGCAAUCCUGGAGACGCGUGCGUGGUGGGGACCAUCAACCCAGAGCUGUACAAGUUCCCCGAGGACCAGAGUGAGAGCCACUUCCCUGAGGGCUGCCUGGGGCGGCUGUGGUUCUCCGUGGAAUACCAACAGGAGGCCGAGCGGCUGCUGGUGGGCCUGAUCAAGGCGCAGGGGCUGCGAGCCCCCUCAGAGACCUGCAGCCCCCUGGUGAAGCUGCAUCUGCUCCCUGAUGAGCGGCGCUUCCUCCAGUCCAGGGCCAAACGCAAAACCGCCAGCCCGCAGUUUGAUGAGCACUUUGUCUUCCAGGUGUCCAGCAGGAGCAUCACCCAGAGGGUGUUGAGGUUCUCGGUGUACCACGUGGACAAACAGAAGAAGCACCAGCUCCUGGGCCAAGUGCUCUUCCCCCUGAAGAACGAAACCCUGCUCGGUGACUGCCGGCACGUCAUCUGGAGGGACCUGGAGGCCGAGAGCCUGGAGCCUCCCUCGGAGUUUGGCGACCUCCAGUUCUGCCUCAGCUACAACGACCGCCUGAACCGCCUCACCGUGGUUGUGCUGCGAGCCAAGGGCCUCCAGCUCCAGGAGGAUGCGAGUUGUCUCAGUGUGUUUGUCAAAGUGUCCCUGAUGAACCACAACAAGUUUGUCAAGUGCAGGAAGACUUCUGCUGUGCUGGGCUCCACCAACCCCGUGUACAGCGAGACCUUCAGCUUCAAGGUCGACCCCGCCGAGCUGGACACGGCCAGCCUCAGCCUGACAGUGCUGCAGAACGCCGGAGGGGACAAGAGCUGCGAGCUGGGCCGGGUGGUGGUGGGCCCCUACAUGUACACCCGCGGCAAAGAGCUGGCGCACUGGGACGAGAUGCUCGGCAAGCCCAGGGAGCUGGUGAAGCGCUGGCACGCACUUUGCCACACCACUGAGCCCUGACUCAGGAGCCGACUUUCCCCAUGGUCAUGCACAACAGCCACAGGCCUGGACGUUCAUCCGGCGCCUCACUGGGCUGUGGGGCCAGCCUGAGCCAGGGGAACAUGAGUGCUGAUGUGCAGGGAAGAAGAGGGCACAGUGGAGCCCCAGCCCGGGGCAGCAGUGUGGCCGGUUACACUGCGCCAGCCUGGGAGACUGAUUCAUCCUUCUGUACCCAUGGAGCUGCCUGAACAUAGAAUCCUGGCUCCCAGUCAUCACAGUCCCAUUUGGACCGGAAUCUCAGGCCUUCGGAAGAAAGACUCUGUUUAGUGAAAGCACAGCCAUGCGUGUUGGACGAAAGCGCAGGGCAGACUUGGGUUCCAGCAUCUUGGGAAGCUGAUGAUGUGUUGAUGCUAAACCUGCACUGCUUUUCAGCUGUGGUUUCUCUGCCUUCUGCCCAGCAGAGAAAACAAACUGCUCUGGGGGAGAUGAUGGUGGAGGGGGGAUGCCCACAGCGCUCAUUUCCACACUAAAUAAGUUGGUCCACAAUAAAUAGCACAGUCUGAGAGCUGGGUUCGCGUGUAGGUGUGGAGCAGUCCCGGCAGGCCUGGGCAGCACAGCGUGCCCACCGCUCAGGAGCGAAAGCUGCGAGGAUGGAGACUCGCUGGCUUCAGGACCUGUGGGAGAAUGCUGUGAGCAGCCCAGGUACCAAGCGGGGGACAGGUUCUGGGCAUCCGCUCCUGUGCCAGGUGAGGAGGGCUCACCUGUGUUUAGGUCCCUCCCCGGGUGUAUGUCCACUCCCACCCCACGUCAUAUCAAGUCUUGCCCGCGGCGCGUCCUCCCCAGAGACCACAUCCUCACAGCCUGGUCUUACAGGUGCGCUGCUGCUGGUUCCUGUGGUCUCCCUGGUUAGCUGCAUCCAGCCCCUGGGACUCUCACUUUGGACAGGAAAUGGUGAAUGCACGUAGCCAAAGCAUAACCCACGGGGCUGAGGGCUUUUCUGGACUAGCUCUCUAGCAAUUCCACUAGGAUUAUUGUGUGUGGUAGGUGUCGGAGUAGAAUUCAUCGAGGUGGCAGUUGCCACAAAUCGCCAUCAUCAGCUCCCCAUGGAGCUGUACUCGAGGUAGUGAGCAGUCAUCAUACUUGUCAUCGUUACUUAACAGGGAGUUUGUAUUUUCACUCUAAUGCUGUUGAACUUGCAGAGUCAAUACAUCGUUAUUGUGUAACUAGAACAAAACCUUAAA